AUGGGUGCCCACCAGUCCAAGCAUCGGGAUGAGGAUCACGUCUGCCCGGUUCACGACCUGGCCGAAAAUGCCUCCUCCCCUCUCUACGGAGACACGUCCUUCUACGACUUCAACAAGAUCUUGUCAGGCAGCUGCGCCACGUUCGCCUGCGGAAUCAUGUUGGUCCACAUAAUUAGACACGCGAACCAUCUCAGCAAUCCUGGCGAACAAGUCAAGAUCAUGAGAAUCGCCCUCCUCAUCCCGCUCAACUCCCUCUUUUCCUUCCUGUCGAUUUGCUACCCUGCGGCGAAAGUCUACCUCCUCCCAUGGCUCGACGUCUUCCAGGCGCACGCGCUGGCGUCCUUCUUCCUGCUGAUGUGCGAGUUCGUCUCGCCGAGCGACGACCAGCGGACCAUCUUCUUCGCCGCCAUGGCCAUCCCGGACAAGAAAGCGCCCGACGGGGGGCAGGACGGGCUGGCUUGGUACCGAAAACGCUGGAUCCUCAUCUUCCAAUACCCCGUGGUCGCCUUCGCGGCGGCGGUCCUGACCGAUGUCACAGAGGCGAUUGGGAUUUACUGUCAGUACGAGACCAAGCCGUACUGGGCUAAGUUAUGGAUCACCGUCGCCCGCGACAUCUCCGUCGCGAUGGCCAUCUUCUCCGUGAUCGCUUUCGCCAUAACACUGAGGCCGCAUCUCGCCGGGAAGAAGCCGUUGGCGAAGCUGAUUGCGUUUAAGUUGAUUGUAGCCCUCAGCUUUGUUCAAGAUCUCACCUUCUGGAUCCUCGACAUCGCCAAGGCGCUCAAGCCCACCUCGACGCUGACCUACGCAGACCUGCACAUGGGGAUCCCCAGCAUGCUCAGCUGCAUCGAGAUGGUUCCCAUCUGCCUUCUGAUAGCCUGGGUCUACCCGCUAUCCCCGUACCUCCUGCGCUGCGGCCGCGACCGCCGCACGCCUGCCGCCGAGCGGGGUCGCGCGACGGUGGACUACCCGCGCAGUUACCAGGGCGGGCCGCUCGGUGUGUGGGGUUUGCUGGCCAUACUGAGCCCCCGCGAGAAUAUCGAGUGCCUGGUCUUCGCCUUCCGUAUG